AUGUUCAUUGGCUUGGGUGUCAUCAAUUUCGUCGCCUGUGCCCUCACUGGCGUCGGGCUGAUCUAUGUGAUUGAUUCAUACUACUCUGUUGCACCAGAAGCCGUGUUGCUGGUGAAUGGGCUGAAAUCCAUCUUCGCUUUCGGAUUUUCUUAUGCUAUCGUCCCUUGGAUCACACUUAGCGGCUACGCUAAGGCUUUCGGUGCUAUGGGAGGUAUCGUUCUUGCCAUCGAGCUCUGCGCCAUACCAUUCCUCAUCUGGGGCAAAGAGAUUCGCCAUUGGACCUCCAACAAUCUUAGGGUGGUAUCUUGGUAA